CAGCAUUCCUGGCAACACUGGCUGAUUGGACAAUGUUUAUCAAAUGAUUACCUGCUGGAUGCGGAUCCGGAUGCUUGACGAAAUCUCAGGGAAGCGGAAAGGACAGCGAUGGCUUGCUAUUAUCGCCAGCACGAGGACACCACGGUGACGGUACCGAGGUUCACGAACGAGAACUCCAGCGGAACGACCUACUACGACAUCAAGGUGCGGGUGGGCAAGUUCGAGUGGGUGGUGGAGCGGCGCUACAGGGAUUUUGCGAGUCUCCACGAGAAGCUGGUAGGCGAGAUAUCCAUCAGCAAGAAGCUGCUGCCGCCGAAGAAGCUGGUCGGAAACAAACAGCCCUCUUUUUUGGAGCAGCGCCGCGAACAGCUGGAAACAUAUCUGCAGGAGCUUCUCAUCUACUUCCGGACAGAACUGCCGCGGGCUCUGGCCGAGUUCCUGGAUUUCAACAAGUACGACAUAAUUUAUCUGCUGCAGGAUCUGGCCAAACUGUUCAACGAAAGUGGGGAUGCACUGCUUAGCUCCAAGAAGGAGUACAACCUCUCAGCCCUGGAGGUUUUCGCUAUUAGUGAGCGGCUAAGUCUUCCCUGUCCGCCGAGCUUGGAUCGCGGUGGCGAAUUCGACUUCUCGCAUGUGCUGGACUUUUGCACACAGCUGGUGUCUUUAGUGGUCACCCCGGUUAAGGACAAUGGCAGCUAUGUCCAAGACUACAAUACGGUAGACGUGCCAAUCGGCCGAAGCAACAUCAUUCCGAACAGACUAAACUUCAAUCUGAAUGCCUUUCGCAAUCUCAAGACGCUCAAGUUCUCCGCCUUGUCCACGGAAAACAUUGUGGACAUCGAGCUCCUGAAGCCGACUCUUCAGACAAUCUGUGUCCACAACACAACCAUACAAAACAUAAACCAAGUGCUUCUGUGCGACAAUCUGCAUAAGCACUGUGAUGUGCCAAGCCUGCUGCCAGAGACAAUCAUAGCAUCCCCCUCCAGUUCCGGAUCCUCCUCUUCGAAUAGCAGUUCCUUGGUUAGUGCGGACGCCUGGCAGGAGCUAACCGAAUUGGAUCUGACGGGCAAUCUGCUCACCCAGAUCGAUGGCAGUGUGAGAACAGCUCCAAAACUCAAAAGCCUGAUUCUCGAACAGAAUCGAAUACGGACCGUCCAAAAUCUUGCCGAGCUUCCCCAACUCCACUUGCUUUCGCUGUCCGGAAAUCUAAUAGCAGAGUGCGUGGACUGGCACUUGACGAUGGGAAAUCUUGUCACUCUAAAGCUGGCUCAGAAUAAAAUCAAGACCCUGAGUGGUCUGCGCAAGUUGCUUUCUCUGGUCAAUCUGGAUCUUAGCUCGAAUCUAAUCGAGGAGCUCGAUGAGGUUGAUCAUGUAGCCAAUCUUCCGCUUCUGGAAACUCUGCGGCUUACUGGAAAUCCCCUAGCGGGCAGUGUGGACUACCGUUCCCGUGUCUUGGCUCGGUUCCAUGAACGUGCUGGUGAAAUAUCUCUGGACAAUGAGCCUGGUAAUCAGCAGGAACUAGAUACGGCUUUGGUUUUGUCCGCUCUAUUGCAAUCGAAGCAACGACAGCAACAAAAGUGAGCCUUUUCAAACUGGAUGGUUCUUGAUUCCAAAACUUCACAAAUCUCUUCAAGAAAAUUCAAGCCUCAUGGUUCGAAACGUAUUAUUGGUUGAUUUUUCUUGCAAUAACCCCCAACAGUUGAAAUUCUGUAAAGGUUGUGGACAUUUUAAUAAUUUAAUGAUUUGAUAUUUCCGCUGUUUAUCCUUAAUAAUAACUUAUUUUAUGUGUUUUUUGUAUUUCCAUUCCAUUUCUAAAUAAUAUAAAUGAUGUAUUCGUU